CAGGGGACGCUGCGCCGGGCCGGUGCGGAGCGGAGGGCAAGAGAACAUGAGUUCAGCAGGGAGGAGAAGAGGAAAGCCCAACAGAGGAGGAGGAAGAGGGAGAGGAGGAGGAGGAAGAGGAAGGGCAGGAGGAAGAGGAGGCGGCAGCAGCGGCCAUUCAAACAAAUCUCAACUUGGUGGAAAUAGGAAAUGUUCAAGCAAAAUCUGGGACAAUGGAGAUGAUUUUUGUCUCUUUGAGGAACCAAGGCUGGAAUCCAGAUCAAACGCCCCUGCCAGAAGAGGAGGGCAAACGAAACAGAGACCCGAAGCGAAAAUGCCUCUGCAGACCAUACACAUGACGUCAGAGAAUCAGAGAAGAGUGAAAGAACUUCUUCAAGAGCUUCAAGCACAGGAGCUGGCUCCUGAAUCAGAAGUAGCUGGUUGUGGUGAAGACGAUGACGAAGCUGAUUACCUUGAUGAUGAACAAUGCUGGUCAACAGAUCAGGAACUUUCUGACAUAAUACCAAGGUCGUCUGCUGAGCCAGCUGAGCACAGAAUUGUGGAAAGUGAAGUGUCUUCGUUUGCUGUGCACAAACUCUCCAGGUAUGGUUUUGACAGCGAGCGUUGUAGGACAGUGCUGAGAUCCUGCAAUGGUAACAUUGGGGCAUCCUUGGAGUAUUUGCUAUUGCAGUGCUUUACUGACAAAUACGGAGAGAAGAUGCAGGUUUCUGCAACAGCUGCUGAAGCCAGUCAAGAAGAAUGUUUAGAACAGAGACAAGAAGAGGCUUUUGCCCUCCGGUCAAUCUAUGGAGAAAAAUUUGUAGAAAGAAUUCAAAAUCGAGUUUGGACUUUUAGUUUGGAAUUGGAGUACCUAGCAAACAAGUUCAGCAAAUCUAAACAAAAGGGUGGUUGUACUAAGGACACAGCAAAGCAGACUUCAAAGGAAAUAUGUAAAUUUUAUCUCCAAGGAGGCUGCAGGUUUGGUUCAAAAUGCAGAUUCGGACAUGAGUUCCCUCCAAACCACCCACUAAAACCAGCCAGGAACCCUGUCGAUGAUGCUCAUCUCAGAGCUAACAGUGAUGGUCCUGUAUAUGAACUCGAAGUAAGAUUUCCUGAAGAAAACAAGUAUCCACUCCAGGCACCUCUUGUGGCAUUUUAUUCCACCGAUGAGAAUCUACCUCUUGCUUGUCGUUUACACAUUGCUGAAUUCCUCUUUGGAAAGGCCUUGAUAGCUGCAGAGUCUCAUGAACCAGUGGUGUACACCUUAGUGACUUGCUUAGAAGAUGAAUCUGAAAUAAGCGAGUUACUUAAAAAUACUCACCACAAGUACAGUGUUCCUCCUAUGUCCCUGCUGGCAACACCUUCGGUAAAGCUACAGACAGAGAGUACGUCUGGUUCAAAUCGAAUAUCCGAAGCCUCAACAGUGUCAGAGCCUCAGGAAGAAGAGGUGGCGGCAGAAGAGGAGGAGGAAAAUGAGCCUGAACAAGUUGUUGUGGAGAACGAGAGUUAUGUCCACCUCAAGAAAAAGCUUUCCAAAAAGUAUGAUGUGCAGGCAAAGUCUCUAUAUAAUGAAAAUGUUAAAAUCUGCACACAAUUUCGGCUGAAAAAGUCUUCUAGGCACUUCCAGUCCAUGUUGUAUGAAAGACAGAAGCUCCCUGCAUGGCAAGAGAGAGAAACAAUUCUUGAUUUGCUGAAGAGCCACCAAGUUCUUGUUGUGAGCGGCAUGACAGGAUGUGGGAAAACCACUCAGAUUCCUCAGUUUAUUUUGGAUGCUUCAUUGCAAGGAUCUCCAAGCAGAGUUGCAAACAUCAUCUGCACCCAGCCUCGCAGGAUCUCUGCCAUUUCUGUGGCUGAACGUGUAGCCAAAGAAAGAACAGAAAGGAUUGGACACACUGUUGGAUAUCAGAUCCGUCUAGAAAGUGUAAAGUCCUCAGCUACCCGACUCUUGUACUGCACUACUGGUGUGCUGUUGAGAAGGCUGGAAGGAGAUCUGACUUUGCAGGGAAUCACACAUGUUAUUGUUGAUGAAGUUCACGAAAGAACAGAAGAAAGUGACUUCUUGCUGCUGGUUUUGAAGGAUAUAAUGGUUCAGAGGCCAGACCUGCGCAUUAUACUAAUGAGUGCCACCUUGAAUGCAGAGCUUUUUUCUCAAUACUUUCACUCCUGUCCAAUUAUUAACAUACCAGGUCGAACAUUUCCUGUGGAUCAGUUUUUUCUGGAAGAUGUGAUUGCAAUGACAAGGUACGUUUUAGAGGACAGUAGUCCCUACAGGCGCAAGACAAAGCAAGAAAGCAAACAAAAUGGAAGACACAAAAGAACUGCAUUUGAAGAAGUAGAGGAGGACUUGAGACGUGCUGGCAUUUUGGAAGGCACCGACACAGGUGUCAGAGAUUCAGAUCCAGACCAAAAAUUAACUCUGAAGCAGCUGCUUACACGAUAUAAAGGAGUUAACAAGACAGUGUUGAAAACAAUGUCUGUCAUGGACUUGGACAAAGUUAAUCUGGAAUUAAUUGAAGCCUUGCUGGAGUGGAUAGUUGCUGGCAGACACUCAUACCCCCCAGGUGCUGUGUUGAUAUUUUUGCCUGGUCUAGCAGAAAUCAAGAUGCUUUAUGAGCAGCUCCAGUCAAAUGCUCUUUUUAACAACAGGCACAGCAAGAGGUGUGUGGUUUAUCCCCUUCAUUCUUCACUGUCUAGUGAAGAACAGCAGUCUGUGUUCCUCAGGCCUCCUGCAGGAGUUAUCAAAAUCAUCAUUUCUACAAACAUUGCAGAAACAUCUGUCACCAUUGAUGAUGUGGUCUAUGUGAUUGAUUCUGGAAAAAUGAAAGAGAAAAGGUACGACCCAAGCAAAGGAAUGGAAAGUCUGGAAGACACAUUUGUGUCCAAGGCCAAUGCUCUGCAGAGGAAAGGGCGAGCAGGCCGUGUAGCCUCAGGUGUCUGCUUUCAUCUUUUCAGUAGCCAUCACUAUAACCAUCAGCUUAUAAAAGAACAGUUACCAGAAAUACAAAGAGUGCCCUUGGAGCAGCUUUGUCUAAGAAUUAAGAUUCUGGAGAUGUUUUCUGCACAGAGUCUUCACUCUGUCUUAUCACGACUAAUUGAGCCCCCUAGAACUGAGUCUUUGUGGGCAUCAAAGCUGCGACUGCAAGACUUAGGAGCAUUGACUCCAGACGAAAAGCUCACUCCUCUGGGAUAUCACUUGGCUUCGCUGCCCGUUGAUGUCAGGAUUGGCAAGCUCAUGCUGUUUGGCACCAUCUUCCGCUGCCUGGAUCCUGCACUAACUAUAGCAGCCAGUCUGGCCUUUAAAUCACCUUUUGUGUCGCCAUGGGAUAAAAGGGAGGAAGCAAACAAAAAGAAGCUGGAGUUUGCAGUAGGGAACAGCGACUACCUGGCUCUUCUCCAGGCCUAUAAGGGAUGGCGUUUAAGUAUCCAAGAGGGUUCUCAGGCAAGCUACAACUACUGCAGGGAGAACUUUUUGUCAGGAAGAGUUCUUCAGGAAAUUGCCAGCCUCAAACGGCAAUUCACGGAGCUGCUUUCUGACAUUGGGUUUGUGAAGGAGGGAUUAAGAGCCAGGGACAUUGAGAAGAAGUGGUCCCAAGGAGGCGAUGGCGUGUUGGAUGCCACAGGAGAAGAGGCAAAUUCCAAUGCGGAGAACAUCAAGCUGAUCUCAGCUAUGUUGUGUGCUGCGCUGUAUCCCAAUGUUGUCCAGGUGAAAAAGCCAGAGAGCAAAUACCAGAAGACCAGCACAGGAGCGGUCAAAAUGCAACCAAAAGCAGAAGAGCUGAAGUUUGUUACCAAAAAUGAUGGUUAUGUUCACAUUCACCCUUCAUCUGUGAAUUAUCAGACGAGGCACUUUGAGAGCCCCUACCUGGUGUAUCACGAGAAAAUCAAGACCAGCCGCGUGUUCAUUCGGGACUGCAGCAUGGUGUCGGUGUACCCGCUGAUCCUGCUCGGAGGCGGGCAGGUGCACAUGCAGCUGCAGAAGGGAGAAUUUGUCAUUUCUCUGGAUGAUGGAUGGAUACGGUUUGUGGCUGCCUCUCACCAGGUGGCUGAGCUGGUGAAAGAGCUGCGCUGUGAACUAGACCAGCUGCUGCAAGAUAAAAUCAAGAAUCCCAGCAUGGAUUUAUGCAUGUGCCCCCGUGGCUCCCGGAUCAUCGGUAUGAUUGUAAAGCUUGUGACCACGCAGUAACGUGAGAACAGCUUUCUAUAAAGACUCAGUGCCUGAGAACAGACCAAGUAACAGCGGUGUCUUGAUGUAUUUGUUGUCCCAAAACAUGGCACUGAUCUCUGGAAGACCGAGUUGGCAACUAUACUAUUGAACAGGGGGUUUUGGUUUGUGUUUUUUCCCCACUUUGUUUGCAGAGAGCUUGCUAGCUGGCAGUAAGGUGGCUUCCAGUACACUCUGGGAAAUGGGCAAAUGGCAAAUCUCCCAGGAGGAACAGGAUCCUCCGUGUAAGGAAGCAAAGUGGUUUUUUUUUUUCUGAGGCCAUAUGCUGGCAGUAGUGUUUUAUGGUCACACAAAUACCCUGCUCCACGGCCGCUUCCUGUAAUAGUAAAGUCUGGAGGCAGCGUGUGACAUCAGAAGCUGCUCCCAAAUUGGUUUAAAAUCACUUCUACAUUUUGGCCAAGACUUUACUUGAGGUAGUCGGUUUUGGCUGCACAGCAGGAAGGAAGUCCUGCUUUUGGAAACUUCAAGCCAAACUACUGCUCUGGGGAGCAAGCUGCUACAGAAGAGGGUGGUGAACUGCUGUAGUAAUAAUGAACUAUUACUUCUUCCUUUUGACACUGCUCAGUUGCAAUGCUGAGCAUUGCUACAGCUGAACUGCCUGAGGUACUAGCGAUCGCAAAUAACAGCAAGUGCCUUAAGUGAAAUAACUUUGCUGUCAUCUGUAAAACCAGAGUGACCUCUGGCUCCAUCACCAGCCCUGCCUCCAAAGAGCCUUCAGGCUGAGGAGGGAGGAGCAGAGAGGACACAGCAUUUAAGGGCUAGUUCAAUUUGUCAAAAAAACCCACACUUGACUGUUUGCAACAGCAGUUUCACCACAACAGCCCCUUGCACAAGGAAGACAGGAGUACCAAAACCUGUGCAGUGCCGUGGACCUGUACGCAUAUCAGUGCAGCAGAAUGCAGGUACGGGGAUCUGCAGGCAGCUAAACUGUCCCCAUAGCUUAAUGUUGGCCAACGGCAGCGCCAUACUUCUGUAACUGCACAUCUGUAUGCUUGUGCGUUUUUUUGUCUGCCAGUGACAGAACGGGCAAGUCUGGGAAGAGCACAGAUCAAUAGAUACACUCAAAGGAUGACAGUGGAUAGUCAACUGUGAGCACACACCUCACGUCUCACCGCCUGGGCUGCAGGGCCAGCUGUUACUUUGUGUAAUAGUGACAGAACCAGGCUCCAUCUCCCCCCUUCCAUUUACCGUUCAGAAUAAAGGCAGUCCAGCCCCCCAGGUGAACAGCAGGGGCGGAGCUGGACCCCAGCUGCUGCGCUCCCCAGCAGCACACUGCAAGCCCUCAGCACAGCUGCAACUGCCAUUGAGAGAGCAGUCUCCAAGACAGGACGAGAUGCACAUUAAAUACGGAUGAGAAGCACCAAACACAGUGGCAGUGCUACUAUUAAUAACCAACUGAAGAGUGGUUCCUCCCUCCUCCCAAAGCCUGCCCCUAGUAACCCUCCUUCCAGCCCUCAUCCUGUACCUCUGAGCGCACUCCUUCUUGCAAUACUGAGUGGAAAGGCUGAAAAAGGAAGGUGGCACUAGAGUUUAAUCUAGAGGUUUAUUGUGGAGUCAGCUUGCUUCAGCAGUACAGAAGAAAAUAAGAGAAAAAGCUACCCCCUGCUAAAAGCCCUGUCGCAUGGCAUAGUUUUACUGUGCUACAUGCAAACUGCAAUGCAGCAGGGGGAAGGGAUACUCCCCCCAGCCAUGUUUAGCAAUGGCUUUUGGGUCACCCUAGUUUAAUGCUGUUGCUUCCAGCUCCCUCUUCUGCAGCUUAUAGCAAAAUAUUAAUUGCAGCAUCAUCAGCAAGGAAAGCCACUUACCCUACUAAGCACCAAUGCACUAAAAUGUACGAACAUGGGGGGAGAGGGGAGGAGGGACAAGACAAAACACAUGCUGCAGCACAGAGGAAGAGUCUUUGUGAACUCAUGCAUAGGUGCUCAUUAUCAUUUUUUAAAUACCUGGACAUCCUGUAAAGCAACAAUAUCCAAAAUUCAUCUGAAAACCUGGAGCUGGGUGCCCAUGCACAACUGCAGUGCUCCACUGUAGCAUAUCAACCCACUGCUGACAAAUUAGAAGCCCCCAGAGAAUUAUGGUUCCUGGCUGGCCUGUAAGACACAGCAAUAUAGGCCAGAACAUACUCUAAGGAAGACUUUCAGUUAAAUCAUGUGGCACUCCGAUUUCCUUACUAGUCUGAUAAUAGCCAAAGCUGCAAAGACAAAUCAAACCGGCAAAUACCUUGCACUAGUUUAUCAUACUUAUAUUAACUCCUUCAGUAACCUAUCCGUGGUGAGACGGGGACCAUCUGUGUACUGGCAGCUACAAUCCAGUUUCCCAAAGCAACAACCCAUCAGGACAGCAGGGAGUCCCUUGGUUAAACUACUGCCACAGGAGAACACAGGACCAGGCAGAUCGCGUCAGGCAGGUGGUAACAUGAGCUCUGGAUUUCCCAGAUGUACGGCUACUUAAACAUGACCUGCAGGUUCUGCUUGUGAAUCUGUAAGAAAACACUUACGUUUUCCUAAAAAGAGUAUCUAUGUGUA